CGCCGGCGCCACCGUACUUGCGUGAACGACACGCGCAUGCGGCUUGCAUUGAAGACUAGUUGCAAUUUUAGACUCAUUUUUCAUUUCUGAUGUCGAAAUUCACACGAUGUUAUCAAUCUUUUGGUAUUGUAAUGUUCCGGUUUUAUAUAUUGACUUUUUAAAUUAAAAUUGGCGAUGGUUAUUUUUUACAUUUCAAUCUGAUAAUGGUUAAAUAUCGUAUUGCAAACAAGCGCGCGCCCACAACAUGUAGGGUAGACAGGGAUGCGCGUGCUUGCAUAUGUCGGGCGGGCGGAGGCGGCGCUUAUUUCAAUGAGGAUGGAGCUGUGAGCGCAUGUAGACCUGGCUGAGACGAGGGUUAACUGGCAAGCAGGCGCUGGCCAACGAAAGUGAAGCAAUGUGAAUGACUUACUAUUCACGUAAAAAAUAUAUGGCAGCCAUUCUCCUUUAAGGAAUUCCAACGGGUUGCUGGUAUUAUUAUAUAUGUUUUUGUGGACGGCAAAACGGAGAGCGGUGCUGUCAAGAAUGCACGAGUAGCCCACCUGAACACUGGCUUCAUCAGUUUCCCCUGCCCGCCACUCAACCAGCUUUCCAAAUCCAGAACAUGAGCGGAGCGACAAGCAAAAGAAAUCAAGAUGCAGUUUGAUAUGGAUGUACUGGAAAAUGUAAACAUGGCCACUUUAUAUAAUGUGACAUUCUUGAACCUGCUUAAUCCAAUUCAGUAUUACAGGAAGCCAGAGCCUAUCCUGGCAUUUCAUGUAUGGCUCCAGUGAGAUACAAAAUAUUGGGUGAAAAAAGCUGAAAAAAGUAAUUGACAGGUCUGCAAAGCCUGUCUACUAUUCCUAUAAGUGAUGCGCCCCUGGGUUUAUACCAAACCACCAGAUGGAGACUGGGGAUGGAUGGUUGUGCUUUCACUGUUUCUGGUGUCAGCUCUGGUCUUCGGGCUUAUCCGAUCAUUUGGGGUCUUCUUUGUGGAGUUUACAAAGUACUUUGAGCAGCCUGCAAGUUCUGUGUCCUGGAUCACAUCCAUUGGAGUAGCAUUGCAGCAGUUUGCAAGUCCUAUUGCCAGUGCCUUAUGUAACAAAUAUGGAGCAAGGCCAGUGGUGAUGGUCGGUGGAGUGUUGGCAAGUUUAGGACUGAUUGUGGCAUCUUUAGCUGCCACUAACCUUCUGCAUUUAUAUUUAUCCAUUGGCCUUCUGUCAGGUCUGGGUUGGGCUCUGGUUUUUACUCCCACUGUAGCGUCAGUGACUCGCUACUUCGUGAAAAGACGCACACUGGCCACAGGUAUAGGGUUCACUGGGGUUGGAGUUUCUUCCUUUGCCUUCUCACCACUCUUCCAACUGCUAGUAGAGAUGUAUGGCUGGCGGGGUGCCCUCCUUAUCCUUGGGGGUCUAAGCCUAAACCUUGUGGUAUGUGGAGCUCUUCUGAGGCCCUUAGUACUCCUAGAUGACCAAGUUAGAUCUAGCACCCAGAGCCAUUCUCAGAAGUUGUAUUGUCACUCCUGGAUGUCAUGGCAGCGACUAAGUGAACUGUUAGACUUAUCCCUACUUUCCCACAGGUCAUUUAUUACCUAUGUGGCUGCUAUCACAUUCAUCAAUACUGGCUAUUUUGUACCUUAUGUCCAUCUUGUGGCACACGGAAGGCUUACCGGCCUCAGUGAAUAUGAGGCAGCCUUUGUGAUGUCGGCUACAGCUGUAACAGAUUUAUUUGGCCGAGUGGCAUCAGGAUGGUUCUCAGACCUGCACAAAUUCCGUUUGGUGCAUAUUUUGGCAUUCCUGAAUGGUCUUACUGGGAUCUCCCUGCUCCUCAUUCCUCUUGGCACAUCCUUCAUCUCUCUGCUGGCACUUGGUCUUAUAUAUGGUUUCUUCUCUGGAGCAUUGACACCUGUAGUGUUUUCACUUUUGCCUGAAAUUGUGGGACUUGGUCGUAUCUUCAGUGCAUUGGGGCUCUUUCAGAUGAUUGAAAGCAUUGGAGGACUACUUGGUGCACCUCUGUCAGGUUGGCUUCGGGAUAUCACCGGAUCCUUCACUGUCUCCUUCAUGGUUGCGGGAGGACUACAUUUAGUGGGAUCUUUUACACUGUCUUUUCUUCCUCAGUUCUGUUCUUUUUGGAAUCCUAAGAGCCAAAAGCCUGAGCUCCGAGAACUGUCUAAUGGAACCAGGCCUCUAAACGACUCUAGUCAGCUUGAUUUUCCCACGCAAGAGCACUCAACAGUGGAAGCUGAGCAGAGCAGCGCCUAAUUUUUACCAUGUCUUCAGGACUGUAAGAGAAAAUAGCUGUUCUUAUCAUGCUGUUCUUUUGUCCAGUAAAACUGGUAAAGAGGCGACCAAAAAAACAUGUUGCUAUUGUGAGCAGCUGAGUUUACUCAAGACAAAGCAUACUUUUUUAUGGAUCCUUGUGUAAGAAAUCAAGUGUUACUUCUUUAACAUGGUCAGGUGUUUCUGCAGAUAGAGGCAAUGUUUACUCCUCUGGUCUCAUGUAUCCAUUGAAUUUAAUUACCAGAUCUCAGUAGAAACAUUGAUUCAUUGUUUAAUAUGUGCAGUACUGUACUUCUGAUUAAUAUUUCAUUUUAGGUUAGUUAUUUUCAGUUCUGCAUCCUUAUGCCAAACCAGCAUAUUAUAUCAAUUCAGUGUUUUGGGUUUUUUUGCCUUUACCAGAUCAUAUAAUUACUGUGAGAGAGGGUGAAGCAGAUACCCUAAAACUUGCAUAAGUAACUCAAAUAUAUAUGCUGUAUGGAUAGAUGUAUACUGUAGAUACAGGUCAUAUGCCAUUAGAAAAAACAAAAUUUUCCUGAAAUCCUUGCUUUAACAAACUUCUUUUUUGGUCCUGGCCAAUUUCCUACAGAAUUAAUGUAAAAAAAAACACUCAUUACAGCAAAGUCGGUUUUAUCUGCAAAAUUCAUUACAAUUGUGUAAUUUUUCAUAAAAAAUGCAGAAAGCAUGCAUAUUUCUUCUGUACUUGGCCCAGAAAAUUGAGAUUUCAAAGCUCCGCUGAACAGCCAAUGAAAUUGCACGUUUGUGUCAAUAGAUUUGUUCAGUAGUUGUCAUACUCUUGCAGUGGAGAGGUGCUUGAGAAGAGUUACUGCAGACCAGAGGCAUUGUGGGCAUAUGUGGGGGCGGGAUAAACUGUCAAUCAAAAUCAACUUCAGCUGUACUUGUAGAACUCUGGAGGUCUGCCGCAGUUUGACUCUGACGUUUACUUGUAUUUCUGGGUUUCUUGUGGUUUGCUUUGACUUCACUGAGCACACUUAUCAGAUUGAGGAUUUUUUGCUUGCCCUUCAGCAAAUGUGCUGACUGCUAAGCUUCCCUUAUGUUUAUGCUACUCAACCAGUUUUCAGCGUAGUUAAUAAUUUUGCUGAGAUUUUAGCUUAUGAACACCUGCAAACUGUAAUCUUAAAAGCAGAUUUGUGCUUGCAAAUUUCUAUGUUCAAUAAUUCUUAUUUAUGAAUGUGAUCUUUAUUUCCUCAAACUUUUUAUUAUGUUCUUUUUAUGGAAAACUUUGCAUUGUUUGGAGAUGAAAAAAAUAGUGACUCGCAGAAAAACACAGCAGCCAGCGAGAGCUGGUCAAUCCAUUAGAAGACAUCAACCAAGGGGCGCCAUUUGUGAAAGUUAGUUUAUGUGCAUUAUAGACACCAUGGGGCGCCUUGUCAUGUAAUUCAAGCAGUGUAUGCUCUGGACACUGAAGGGGGGACUCCUUUGGACCACCAAGUCUAAUAAUAUUAUCUGUGCGCUAUAGACACCAAGGGGCACCAAUUAUACAAUGAAAGCAAUUUACUGAAAAAUCUGGAACUUCCUGCUUCCAUUGAUGCUAGCAAGACAAAUAUAGACAUUUCCAUCAAGUUCACCAUUCCUCAGUCAAGUUUGUCAGCUGUAUGUGUUAUUAGGAAAUUCCCCUAAUAACUAAUUAUUUUUUUCAGUCUCAUUCUAACAAAAAUGUGACCUGUAUAUAAUUAAUAUUGAGCAUUGUUUUAAAAUGCUUUAGGUAUCUAGUUCAUAUUAUUGUGGUAAAAAACACAUUUUUCCAGAGUGUUUUUUACAGAACACCUCGGUUUACAGCUUACUCAACAGUAAGGCAGUGAAAAGCUUUAAGAUAUCUGUGAGCAUCUGUCAGUGCUACCACUACUACAGUAUGAUCUCUCCUCGGCUCCUUUUGGUUCAUGGAACUUUGGGUCCUAAGUAUUUAAGAAAUGUGCAGUACCAGGCUUCUGCUUAGAUUCAUUUUAUGCCUAGAGUCUUAAGUGUUUGGGAGAUCAUUACUCCACUGAGAAAUUUUUAUUUCACCACGCCCACAUAAAGUAAGUAAAAGUCUACAUUUUAUACUCUUAGGAUUCACUUGUAGUACUAGGGUGUUGUACCGUGUUAGCCAUUAUGAAUGUAGAGAAAAGCCAAGCAAAAUGACACCUUUUAUUGGCUAACUAAAAAGAUUACAAUAUGCAGGAUUCACUUGAAAAUCUCUCUUCUGGACAGCUUCUCUCAUGCAAAAGGAGAAUCACUAAACUAGAUUUUUGAACCUAGAAUGGGAUAUCUUCUGUUAUAAGUUAGACACACUCAAAGUGCCUUUUAAAAGUACAUAUUGUAAAUGUUGUACAAUUUUGUUUUAUUUUUUUUUACCAUUUUUAAAGAAAUGCAUUAGAAAAUGAAUACAUCGUGUAAUUUGCCUUUCUUCUGUUGAGAGUGCUUCUUGCCAUCCUUCCAUAUAGUUGCUGUUUAUGGAGUUGCCAGAAGUCAACAUUUUUUUCGUGUUCAGUCAGUGUUGUCCUCGGAAUUUCUUUUACAGUAAUCAUAAAUCGCUUUCACACUAGCACUGUGACUCCAAUUCACUCUUACUCUCAAAUGGAUAGCUGCUACAUAUACAGUAAGUGCUAUAAAGAAUAUAAGCCGUUUGACAAACAAGAGGAGACAGUCAGACCAUCAAGCUUGUUAGUUUAGGUAAUUGCCUACGGUAUUUGUGCUAAAUAUCUCAUCUAAAUUGUCAAGGUAAAAUUAAAACCAAAAUCUGUAAACUGGCACAUAGAAUCUUGUAUUUUGUUUACAUCAGAGUAGUUUUCCUUUUUCAGUAAAUCGAGCAAUAAUUUGUUGUAGUCAAUAAAAUGAAGGCCUUCUGAAAAUGCAUUCCUAACUCUCUUUGUAGUACUAGGGUGUUGUACCGUGUUAGCCAUUGUGAAUGUAGAGAAAAGCCAAGCAAAAUGACCCCUUUUAUUGGCUAACUAAAAAGAUUACAAUAUGCAAGCUUUCGAGGCAACUCGGGCCCCUCUUGCCCCAUCUUGCCUGAAGAAGGGGCCUGAGUUGCCUUGAAAGCUUGCAUAUUGUAAUCUUUUUAGUUAGCCAAUAAAAGGGGUCAUUUUGCUUGGCUUUUCUCUAACUCUCUUUGGUAACUCAUCUGCCGAAUUCAUGGCUCAUUUACUCAUUAAGCUCGAGUUGACUGCUUUGUUUUCUUCUUGCUACACGUGCUGCUAUCAAUUAGUGAUGAUAGCCAGUAUGCUUUUAUAAAGUGUAGUAUGAAAUAAAGCCCCUUCUAGGACUUCAGCUUGGCUUCUUACCUGGGCUAUAAAGGGAACUGUUGCACUAUGGAUUGUAGUUUAGGGUCUUCAGGUUGAAAGCACCUGUAGGCCUCAUUGUGAACUCCCUCUUAGUUUAUAUAACUGUUGCCUGCUAACUUUGGGGAGACUGAGGCCAUGUCCUAGUGGUGCCACUUGACAAUUUAUUUUUUAUUCAUUCUUUUUUUUUUAAUAUAUAUAUAUAUAUAUAGCUGUCAAAUAAACGAACCACACGCUGUGGCACAACGUUAGGGGCAUCGCCUCUGGCGCUGACGUCCGAGGUUCGAUUCCCGAGAGGGAGUGCAGUGGAGUGUGUACACCUGAUGAGCCCAGAAUGAGGCCGAAACACGUGUCGCGUACUCUUUGCAUUUAUUUGACAGUAAACUAUUUCAAACCAUUCUAUGAUCUGCUCCUCACAAACUGAGGGCACCGUAGCGGAUGUUAGCAGAUUGCUGGCCAACCACAAGCGUUACCUGGUAGGUAACCACCCAUACAAUCAGAUUGUGACACAGACUUCGAAUGCCGUGAUUAUAUAUAUAUAUAUAUAUAUAUAUAUAUAUAUAUCCCAGAGAAUGUUAUAAAACCUGUGUUAUAAAACCUUAAUUUUCACUAUUCUUCUGUCUAUUCCGGUGAGAUUAUACCACCGUGUCUUGCAGGUUUUUGACCGAUGCUAUGGAUGUACUGCAUUCAGUAUGAAUAGCUCAAUUCCUCUUCUUGGAUAAUCAGAAGCUAUUGAAUUGCUGCAGCAGGGCACAAGUGGGUGUGCUGUUUUUACAAAUAGUAGGCAUUAAAACAAUGUGACCUGAACUCCUUUCUCAUUUGGGUCUCGUACAAUUUUUUUUUUUUUUUUUUGAUUCUGAAAUAAUUUGUUUUGAAGUUUCUAUAUAGUAGUUCUGCUUUGACCCUAGAGUGGACCUUGGUGGCUACUUCCACAGCCCCGGUUCUCAGAGGAAUUACUAUCUACAAUACCAAACAAUGGUCUAUGACUUGGAGAAAAUAAGAAAUUUGACAAAUGAGAGGAGAUCAUUCGUUCUAUGAAGCCUGUUCGUUUAGCUAGUAGCUGUGCUGUCCCAAAACUGUCUCGUCUCCAGGACGAGUACCCAGAGCUCUUUAAUGGCAGGCAGCAGCUCUAGCUCUGCACCACUGAGCCAACAAUAUUUUGGUUUGUAGGUGAUGCAGGAUUCAGACCAAGCUGGAAGGAAAAAGGUAGGCCUCCCUGCCUGUAAACCCAGCUUUAGAAUCCUGUUCCCCUCCUCAGAAUGAAGAUCAUUAAGUUCAAUACAAUACACAAACAGGCAUGAUAAACAAAACAAAUGUCAAAGUGCUUCUCCUCUUCUGUUUGACUCAGAUAUUUAUUUAUUGAGUUUAGUGUUUGCAACAUUGAAUGUGAAUUGAACCUUGCCUGUUUUGCUCAUCCCACACACUUCUCUAAACACCUUGCUAGUUUCAAAAUGUCCUGCAAGCUAAAGAGAAGCAUCAGUUUGGAGGGCUGUGGUGCCACGUCAUCACAGUUUGAGGGCAGAGGUGUGUCUGUAUAGGAAGGAACAUCAAAGAGUGGGGUGAUUGCAGAGGGCUAUGUGUACAGUUUUAAAAAUCACAAUAGUUUAACUGUCAAAAAUGUGUUGAAGCUAACAUUAUUUGUGGAGAACAAAGUUUCUGAUGGAAUGGGAGCCAAUGGUGACCAUUGCUGGAUGGCUGCAAACUACAGUACUACGUUACUCGUGACGCAUAAUCCACACAUCAAAUCAUUCUCUUGUAUGCUCACAAAGUGCAAAAUGCUAUAAUAUUAAAUUCAUAACUGAAAAAAUAGACCAGUCCACAAACUGGAAGCCCCUUCACACAGUCAUGCGUUUGAACUGAAGACAAGUCUCUUAACUAAUCAAUGAGGGGAAGAUGCAGGCCUUUAAUUGAAAUGCACAAUCCCAUGAAAACUGUAUUGACAUCACGGCGCUGCAGCCCUUCAAAUUUGUGCUAAUUGAAGCUAAAAGGCGCCUGCCCUUUCUAACUAAACACGUGCCUUGCAGACUUGGGAGACAUUUAAUUAACAGAGGUUCUGCCUCCGACUGGCUGCUUAAUAACAUUCUAGGAAUGAACUACAUUUUACAAAAUAACAAUAUGUGAAAAAACAGAAAAAUGAACACUGGUUCCUGAUGUUUAGCUUUGGAAUACACAGGCAUUUUCUUGGAACGCUUGCAGUGUGAAUUACAGCUCUGAGUUAUUUCAAGCUUUUAAAAUAACAAAAUGUAAAAAAAUAUUGUUGGUCAGGGCAGCAUUUUUAUUUAACAUGUCGCCUGAGCUCUUUUCACCUCACCGCAUGCGCCGGCCUGUACACUCGUGCACAUGUUGCGUAUAUAGAAGUAAUGUUAUGAGAAUAAAGUCGUCUAUUGAAGAAAGAAAGAGAAUGUAUCACAUGAGAUAAUCGAUUAUAUUUUUGUCAUCUAAAAGCCUAUGAGGACAAGUGUUAAUUUAGCAUGGAGAUUUGUGUUGUGUCUUUUCAGUGCUCUUGCCAAUGUAUUUUUUAAGCACUGCUGGUUCUACAUGUUACUAUUUCAGCACUGCAAAAAAUAUGGCCUCCUGGAUGUCAGCAGAUACAAUUUUUCACUGAUAUCUCAGCACUUCUGUGUCAACGUAGACAGUGUGACCAGUAGAAGGCAUUGCAGCACCCAAAUCCCAAACAUAACUACACUGCACAAGUCCUGGGUUCAAAUAAAACCGGAUCAUUAACAAAAAUACCUUACAGUAAGGUUCUUGUAAAUUGGUUCUUUCCCAAUACGGUCUUCUCCCAUCUCUCUCUCUCUCUGAUUCCUCCACUCCUCCCAGGUGAGUGUUGUCCAACUCCUCUCCUGGAUGAGGUCUAGCAGCUUCUUUUAUCUUAGACCCAAGAAUACUUGCAGUGCUAGGGCAUGGCCCAGUGGAAGCUCUUAUGGGUCAAGUGGAAGUUCCUGAAGCUAGGGGUCACAGACUCUCGCAGCACCCUCUGGCAUCACCUCCAGAACCCAACAAGGCUGCCCCAUAGGACUACAGUUCCCAGUGUGCCUUGUGGGUGUCCAUACAGGUUGUGUCCCUGCAGGGAUGCUGCCACCUAACGUAGUGAGAGAGCUUGUAGUUGUGACUUGUGCCUCCUGGCCAGCUAUUGUUCCUCAAUCCGACUCUGCUGGGACACAAGUACGCCCAACUCCAAACUGGCAUCUUCCUGGCUAAUGUAGGGAACACCCAGGUUUUCUUCCUGAGCUUCCAAUGCCCUGGCCGUCCAACCCUUUAAGGAUCCUUGUGUCGUCCUUUAUAACAGGAUGAAGAAGAGAAUUAUUUCUGUAUGCCCCAAACUGUAAAAUGUGAAACCUAAUUAGCAAGAAGUUUAGUUACAAAGAGACUGUAAGUAAGGUUAAAUUGAAAGAGUCAAUGGAGUUUCCAUAUAUUAAAGCCAAAGAUGAGUAACAAGAAAUGUAAUAAAACUGUGGUGCAAUUAGAAGGCAAAGUUAAUCUUUUUUGAUUACUGUUGUGUUUUUACACUUAAACCAACAGUAUAAUAGUAAAAUAAAGACAGACACAAAUACAGCAAUUACCAAACUUCCACCAUUUUAAGUUCCGGCUGUAACGUGCACCUUAAUACCAGGGUGCAGGCACAUCACACAUUCAAUGCAAUUAUUUGAAGCAUUAAAUAGAACUUAUAUUUAGUAUUAAAUUCUUACAUAUACAUAACAUUUCCUCCCACCCAGUUUGGAUGUCUAACAGUAUUUUUUUUUUUUUUUUUUAUAUAUCAUAUCUACAAAACACUUGGCAUAGAUACCAAACAUGAAUAUAAAGACAGCUAAAGCAUACUAUAUAAAAGUGUACCAUUUAUUACGGUGUACUGAAACAUUUAUAUAUGGCGAAAUGCAGCUUACCAAAGCUAACAGACUCUUAAGUACUUUGUACAUUAAUAUCGACUACAAGUUCAACCUUUCAGGAGGUUUACGAAUCCUCUCAGGAUAGCGUCUUUCUUGUGUAGGUGGAGCAGACAUUUGAGAUGAGGUUGAUUCAGCAGAUUCUUGAGGCUGAGAUUCACCAGCAGCAAGGGAUGAAUCAGGUGUCAAGAAGGUAAACUCAUUUGAGUUCUGAGGAAUGAUCAGCUCCUCAGCCUCGUCUUGUGAUGUGUCUUCCUGAGCUUGUGCAUCUAGAAGCUGGUCGAUAUGUCUGCGCCAGACUGUAUCAUGCCCCACCUGCACUGUGUAUGUCAGUGGACCAGUCUUUGACACAAUCUUACCAGGUUGCCAUUUCUGAUUUGAGUGUUGGUAGUCUCUAGCAAGCACUUUAUAUCCAACCUCAAAUAUUCUAAGCUUGCGUUGUUUUUGGUCUUGGAAGCACUGCUUCUUCUGCACAUGUAUACGCAAAUCAGGUUUUAGCAGAUCUAAGCGUGAUCUCAAGCUUCUUCCCAGGAAAAGCAUUGCUGGAGUCUGACCUGUGGUUGAGUGAGCUGUGUUUCGAUAGGCUAGAAGGAAGCUUGCAAUUUUCGUAUGUAGCGACUCUUUUUCCUUUUCCAUGGCUUUCAUAGAUAGUUUGAAGGACUGAAUAAAACGUUCAGCUAGACCAUUUGUUGCAGGAUGGUAAGGAACAGAGGUGAUGUGCUUAAUGCCAUUCUUUUUUACAAAUGCCUGGAACUCAGCAGAUGUAAACUGAGUUCCAUUGUCACUAACUAGUUGUUCUGGAAGUCCUGUACGUGCAAAUAAGGUGUGGAGUAUAUCUACCGUUUUAGAUGAUAUUGCCUUUUUUACUGCAAAAAGUUCAGGCCAUUUUGAAUGUGCAUCAACCACAAUGAGAAACAUUCGAUCAUGGAAAGGUCCUGCAUAGUCAAUGUGAAGUCGUUGCCAGACAGAGCUUGGCCAUUCCCAGGUAUGAAGGGGAGCGUUUUGGGGCUGUUGCCGAGUCUGUUGGCAUCCUAUGCAUGACUUGGCCAGAUUCUCUAUUUGAAGGUCAAUUCCAGGCCACCAUAUGUAGCUUCGGGCUAAGCUUUUCAUCUUUACAACACCUAAAUGACCUUCAUGAAGUGCCUCAAGUAUUUUUGUACGAAGUUUGGGUGGUACAAUCACUCUUGUGCCCCACAUAAUGCAUCCUUGACAAACUGAUAACUGGUCACGUCGAUUUGAGUACUCAGGGAGAUCAGCAUCACUUCUAGAAGGCCAACCUUUUAUUAUCAAGUCAAAUAAUUUGGCCAUAGUGGGAUCUCGACUUGUCUCUUUCUGAAUUUGAGCACUUGUAAUGGGUAAGGGCUCCAGUUGUGUUAGAUGGAAAAUUUCAGCUGGAUCGGAAAGGUUUUCAGUUCCCUUAAACUCACAAGGUAGACGGGAAAGUCCAUCUGCAUUUGCAUGUUGUUUUGUGCCUCUGAAUUCAAUUUGGUAGUCAUGGCCGCCUAAAAACAAAGACCAUCGUUUUAAGCGUGCUGCAGCCAUGGUUGGAACACACUUAUGAGGAUUGAAAAUAGCAACUAAGGGCUGAUGAUCAGUAACUAAUGUGAAAUGUUUACCAUAUAGGUAUUGAUUAAAUUUCUUUACCGCCCACACUAGGCUUAGACCUUCCCUGUCUAUCUGUGCAUAAUUCUUUUCAGCAGGACUUAGAGACCUUGAUGCAAAAGCAAUUGGUCGUUCUGUGCCAUCAAGCAUCUUGUGAGAAAGAACAGCACCAAUGCCAUACGGUGAUGCAUCGCAAGCCAGGCGCAAUGGCAACUUUGGAUUAAAAUGUGUCAGCACUUCAUCAGAUGUAAUCAGCUGUUUGGCAGUAUUAAACAGUAUAAUAGUAAGUUAAUAAAGACAGACACAAAUACAGCAAUUACCAAACUUCCACCAUUUUAUGUAUAAAAACAAGUUCCGGCUGUAACGUGCACCUUAAUACCAGGGUGCAGGCACAUCACACAUUCAAUGCAAUUAUUUGAAACAUUAAAUAGAACUUAUAUUUAGUAUUAAAUUCUUACAUAUACAUAACAUUUACAAACGCAAUGUGGGUUGAAAGGGGGGGGGGGGGGGGGUAGAAAAAUACUAAAAGAGUCACAAAAAUGAACACACUAACUCAGCCAGGCAAGAUGACUCUGGGACUGUGAGAGUAAGCUGGGUAGCCUGGAGCAGGUGAAGGAGUUUUAAUAAUUUUGAUUGCUGCGGUUGCACAUCUCCAAUUGUAAAUGUCCCGUAGGAGGACAGAGGAGUGCUGUGAGACGCUGUGCUGUUUUAAGCACUCUCUGCAGAGCUUUACAGGGUGAACAUGCAGGAGACAAAAUAGCCAGAGGAUUGAACUGGGGUGCCAACAAGUAAGGGUGCAAUGUUACCUGCGGUGCCGCUCAAGUGUGGCGACGGGACCAAGAGAAAAGCUGACCAAUUCUGACAUGUCAGACGAUCAGUUAGAAAUGUUUUUACAGUCACAACUGGGUAAUGAAGAAAAAGCAGUCAACCCUGAAUUGGACCAAGAAAGGGCUAAGUGUGAUGUGUGAGCAGUAUGUUAAAUUAAACAAAUGUGACACGGCAGUAGACAUCAAAUUUGAGUAGAUUAAGAGCAAAUCAAGAUUCAUUUUAUUCAUCACAUACACUAUUAUACGUGUAGAAUGUGCAGUGAAAUGUAAGCCUGUGCAUCAGUGAAAUAUUAUAAGGAACAGAUACAGAUAUACCGCGGUGGGUUGGCACCCUGCCCGGGACUGAUUCCUGCCUUGUGCCCUGUGUUGGCUGGGAUUGGCUCCAGCAGACCCCCGUGACCCUGUGUUCGGAUUCAGCAGGUUGGAAAAUGGAUGGAUGGAUGGAUAUAUAAAUAGAGAAUAUGAUAGGGGUAUAAAAAAGUUACUUUGACAGAUAAGUGCCACAUCCUGAUGAAGAAGUCUGAUGGCCUGAGGUUCCAAACUCCUUUUAAGUCUCUCAGUUUUGGCCGUAAGACUGCAGACACGUCUGCUUGAUUUCAGUAGGCUGAACGAGGCCAUUCAUGGGGUGUGUGGGAUCUUUAAUAACUUUGUUUGCUCAGGUUCUACAUCUCCUAUUAUGAAUGUCCUGUAGGGGGGCAGAGCAUAACUGGUGAGACGCUUUGCUGUUUUAAUCGCUCUCUGCAGGACUUUAUGGUCUUGGGCUGAGCUGCUGCCAUACCAGGAUGUGAUUCUCUGUGAAGCUUUCUGUAGCCCAUGUAUUGAAAGUAUCACUGGGGACACCCUAAAGUUCCUCAGCUACCUCAACCGCAGUCUUGCCUUUGUGAUCAGUGCUUAUGCAUGCAAAGUCCAGUUCAAGUCCUCCGAGAUAGUAACUCCAAAGUAUUUGAAGGUGUUUAUCCUCUCCAUUGGGAUCCCACUGAUGGUUAGCGGGGUGUAGGACUGCUGCCACUUCCUGCUGAAGUCCACAGCCAGCUCCUUGGUUUUACUGACAUUUAGCUGGAGGCUAUUUGCUUGACACCAUGAAGCCAGGUCCUCUAUUUCCUAUCAUACCCACCUUUCAUGUUGUACAAAUGAGGCAGUGGGAACAGUGAUGAGAAACGGGUGGGUUCAGGACCUCAGGCGUUGGGGUCAGAGCUUAAGUACAACUCAGCUUUAAGACAGACGGAGGGCUUUUAAGUAAUGAGCAGAAGUUGGGACACCUGUGCAAAUUGUUCAACUUGCAAGGCUUACUGUAAUUUACUUGAAUUGCUGUAGAACAUCUGUAGGUUGUCACCAAUAUUUGUUCCCUGAAGAAGGCCCAUUUUGUAAUAUUCUCAAAUAUACAUUUCUCGGUUUUUUCCUACCUUUAAAUUGAAACCUCUGGCAGUUUACUGCUUACCUUUUUAUCAUUUUAGGUUAUUCACUGCAUUUUGUCCGAUUAAAUUUGUAAGAAAAAUCGAGAUGUUCAAAAACUUUUGACUGGUAGUGUAAAAGGCCGAUUCACUUUAAACAGAAGUAACCAAGUUUAAAAACGUGUUUUUUUUUUUCUACAUUUUAAUCUUUAACCGUGGGAGGAGAAAAAAAACGUAACGAGUCGCCACGAUGCCAAGCAGGGUGAGGGCCAGACGGUUACCCGUAUACCUCGGGUACACAGGACAGUGCAGUGGUGAACGCCUGGUGUGGUUCUGAACGAGGGCUGCGGCCUACAGUUGUGGUAGUCGUGUUGGUGGACGAGCUCUCCAGAAGGACUGAGCUACUAAAACGUCAUGUUGUCGGGAUUUGUCUUUUCUUGCAUUAGUGUGGUUAGCAAUUAUUGGAAAAUGUUGCAAGGAAAGUCUUAUUGGGCCUAAAAGAAAGUGCUGUGUUCGUCUCAGGGAAUUGUAAGCAAUGUUUAUUUUUAAACCAUUUGUAUUACUAAAAUGUAUUUAAAAUAAACAAAUAAAUGAUAAAUCAAACCAAA